UAUAAGUAGAUGUGCAAGAGGGAGCUCUGCUUAGUGCUGCUCAGUAGUAGACUGCACCAUGAGCUCCUACAGCUACGACCCGUACUACACCUCCUACAAGCGCCGGGUGGUGGAGAGUGGCCCCCGGGUGCACAUCAGGAGCAGCUAUGUGUCCCCGAGCCGGACAAGCUACUCCCCAGCCAUCAGCUCGGUGAGGCGCAGUUACGCCACUUCUUCCUCUUCCUCCGCCCGCUUCCACAGCGCUGACUCCCUGGACCUCACGCAGGUUGCGGCUAUCAGCAGCGACCUGAAGAUAGUGCGCACCCAGGAGAAGGCGCAGCUCCAGGACCUCAACGACCGCUUUGCCAACUUCAUCGAGAGGGUCCAUGAACUGGAGAAGCGCAACAAGGUACUGGAAGCCGAACUCCAUCUGCUGCGCCAGAAGCACAGCGAGCCUUCCAGGCUGCGCAGCCUCUACGAGCAGGAGGUGCGACAGUUGCGCCUGGCGCACGAAGAAGCCACCGGGGACCGCCAGAGCCUGCGCUCCGAGCGCGAGCGGCUGGAAGAUGCGCUGCGGGUGCUCCAGGCGCGCUACGAGGAAGAGGCGCUCAGCCGGGAGGACGCAGAGGCCAGGCUGCUGGAGGUCAGGAAGGAGGCCGACGCGGCCGCCCUGGCCAGAGUGGAGCUGGAGAAGCGGAUGGAUAGCCUGCUGGACGAGAUCGCCUUCUUGAAGAAAGUGCACGAUGAGGAGCUGGCGCAGCUGCAGGCGCAGAUCCAGUACGCGCAGAUCUCCUUGGAGGUUGACGUCUCCAAGCCGGACCUGAGCUCCGCGCUGCGCGACAUUCGGGCGCAGUACGAGAAGCUGGCGGCCAAGAACAUGCAGUCCGCGGAGGAGUGGUUCAAGUCUCGGUUCACGGUCCUGACGCAGAGCGCGGCGCGGAACACGGACGCAGUGCGGAGCGCCAAGGACGAGGUGUCGGAGACCCGGCGGCAGCUCAAAGUCAAGGGACUGGAGAUCGAUGCCUGCAGGGGUGUGAAUGAUGCGCUGCAGAGGCAGAUCCAGGACGUGGAAGACAAGCAGAGCUCAGAGAUAGCAGGAAUGCAGGAUGCCAUAAACAGAUUAGAGGAUGAGCUGAGGAAUACAAAGAGUGAGAUGGCGAGGUACCUGAAGGAGUACCAGGAUCUGCUUAACGUUAAAAUGGCACUGGACAUAGAGAUUGCUGCAUACAGGAAGUUACUGGAAGGAGAGGAGACCAGGCUGAGUUUCUCCGGUGUUGGGGCUAUCACCAGUGGAUACACACAAAGUGCUCCUGUGUUUGGUCGAUCUGCAUACAGCUUGCAGAGCAGCUCAUACAUCUCCGCUCGUUCAUUCCCCACCUACUAUGCCAGCCAUGUACAAGAAGAGCAGCUUGACGUAGAGGAAACCAUUGAGUCAUCUAGGGCAGAAGAGGCAAAGGCAGAGCCCCCAGAGGAGGAAGAGGAGGCUGCAGAGGAAGAUGAAGGAGAAGAGGCAGAGGGAGAAGAGGCCGAGGGAGAAGGUGAAGAAGAUGAAGAGGGUAAGGAAGAAGAAGCAGAGGAAGAGGGCGAGGAAGAAAAAGAGGAUGAAGAAUCUACAGCAGAAGAAAGUGAAGACAAAAAAUAAAUAUUUUAGCAGAAAAAAAUGUUUCCCAGCUAAUAAAACUCCUCACUAUCAAUCAACUCCACACCCUCAUGGCACACACUACAUUCCAUCUCCCUCAUGGCCCACAAUCCAUUCCACAUACCUUGAGAUCCAGAAUUCACUCCACCUCUUUAUUGUCCACAAUCCACUUCACUUCUCUUGUGACCCACAAAUCCAAUGCACCUCUUUAGUGGCCCACAAUCCACACCACCUCCUUAGUGGUCCAUGAUUCAAUCCACCUCUUUAGUGUCUCACAAUCCAUUCCACUUCCGUAGUGGUCCAUAAUUCAGUGCACCUCUUUAGUGACCCACAAUCCUGUCCAGCUCCUUAGUGGUCCAUGAUUCAAUACACCUACCUAGUGGCUCAGAAUCCAUACCACCUCCUUAAUGGUCGAUGUUUCAGACCACCUCCCGUGUUGCCCACAGACCUCCACACUUUUUUAUUGGGUCAUAGAUCACCCAUAUCACCUCUAUGGUCAUAUUGCCUUCCUUACUUAGAGUAUGAAACCUACCGCUUUAAGCAGAGACCCAAUCGCGUCCCAUCCUGGUGGUGCAAGGUUAAUGCAGGUGAGUUCAGAACCAGGGACUUCCAGUCUUUCUUUGUCCAUGCAGUGUAAUCUUCAGCACCACUGGGGUAACUCAUGACAUCUUGGUCACUUUUUAACCCUUUCACUGCUAUGCGACUAGCAGUAUAUUUCAUAGCAAUACUUGUCAAUAUUGUCAGCUGCCUUUCCCUUUAAAUCAGAAUGAAAUACGCAUUUUUCAUUAUUGCAGCAUUACAUAGUUUUUUUGUUUAGAGGAGAAGAGCCUGAUUUAGAGGAGAAGGGAUGUGUUCCAUUACCUGUGGUCAGUAGUGCUCCUGGGUUGAUCAUAGUUUUCUUAUUGAAUAUCUCUGGACAUUUUACCUGGGAAAAGAGGCCGAGCAACACAACAUGCGAGCAAUUGAAUCUGCCCCUAGAUAUUACCCUUCCUUCUACUCAUCACUUCAGUGUUGCACAUUAACCCUACCCACAUACACUGCUGAAUGCAAGGCAUUGCAGAGCUGCAGCUAUAAUUUUCUUGGUGGCUUUUGUGGAUCUGUGUACUAUUCUCAUAAUAAAGAGGCAAAACAGAAUCCAGGCAGCAAACUGAAAA